GUUUUUUUCACAGAGAGUCCUAAACCUGUGGUGAUUAUAAAGCCUGAUAAACAGGUGUACAGAGGAGAGAAAGUGACUUUCAGGUGUAACAUACACGGAGGAGGAGACACUGAGUGGACAUACAGCUGGUAUAAGAAAGAUUCCACACUCUACCCCACAACACAGGAGUUCACCAUCAGUUCAGUUACAGACUCUGACAGUGGUAAAUACACCUGCAGAGGGAGGAGAAGUGACUCUCAGAGCUCAGAGAUCAGUGCUCCUGUUACACUCACUGUAUCAGAAAAACCUAAACCUGAACUCACAUCAAGUCGUGAAGUAGCUGCACUGACAGGAAACUCAGUGACUCUGUCCUGUACACUGAAGUCGCAGUCUGCUGGAUGGAAGUUUUACUGGAGCAAACACACACAGAGCACUGAGACUGAGACUGAGACUAAAACACACCACUACACCAUCAGAUCAGUUAGAGUCUCUGAUGGAGGUCAGUACAGGUGCAGAGCUGGAAGAGGAAACCCAGUCUACUACACAGACUACAGUGAUGCACUCAGGGUAGACGUUACUGAGAGGCCUAAAGCUGUGGUGACCAUAAAGCCUGAUAAACAUGUGUUCAGUGGAGAGACUGUGACUCUCAGAUGUGAAAUACAGAGAGGAAGAGACACUGAGUGGACAUACGACUGGUAUAAGAAAGAUAACACACUCUACCCAUACCGCACAACACAGGAGUUCAGCUUCAGCUCAGUUAGAAAUGAUGACAGUGGUGAAUACACUUGCAGAGGGAGGAGAAGCAGUGACUAUCAGAGAUCAGAGAUCAGUGAUGCUGUUACACUCACUGUAUCAGGUGAGUAUGUUUUAUCCUGUCAUUAAUUAUAUGUAACAAGAUUACCACUCUUUAUUUAUGUAUGUAUGUAUGUAUGUAUGUAUGUAUGUAUGUAUGUAUGUAUUUAUUUAUUUAUUUACAUUUGUUGUCCAUCAGAUGCAGCAGAGGCAGUAGUGAGUGUCUCUCCACUGCGCUGGCUGACUGAAGGAGACUCAGUGACUCUAAGCUGUGAGGUUAAACA